UUAUUAUUAUUAUUAUUAUUGUACCGAUUAAAGUUUCGAUCUUUAAUAGAUCGGUGCUAUUAUGCAAUAACAAUAUUUAUAGUGCAUAAGCCUAAAGUCGUUAACGAAUAAUGAAACACGUAGUAAUAAAUAAAAUUGAAAAAAAAUAUAGUGAAAUUGUAAAGAGCAUUAAUCGUUAACACGUGCCGUGUUUAUUUAAACAAAUGGCAACGUAUGGAACAUGUGAAAUUUCCUUAAGAUCCCAUAAGGAACACGAGACCGUGUAUAAUGGUGUUGUAAAACAAUUCAAAAACAUGAGAAACGACUGUUCUCUGAAAGAAUAUUAAAAAUAAUCAGAAGUGGCAGGACGAUUCUGGGAUACUAAUGAAUUAAGGAUUCUUGGAUUAUCAUUGAUAAAGGAUGUAGCCAGGUAUCAAGGAACGGAGACACUUAUGGAUAAGAUGUAUUUGGCAAAAAGAAAUAUGGCAGCGAAGAGAAGUUUCUACGGCAUCCAUUGAAAAUUACUUUUUAAGGUGCAUCCUCGUGCGGAGAUUGUGUAACGUGUUAAAGAGACGUAAUAACACGUAACUAAACUGUCUAUAAUAAUGCGAUCGUGGUUAAAGGAUCGGCGGAGGUCAGUUAUUUCUAUAUCCUUGGAUUUCGUGACAAUGGUGUCGUCCAUUAUUUUGUCAUGAUAUAUGCGUCCUCAGUUGUAUUUGUAGGCACGCUAAAUGGAUAGGCAUUGGUAGUACCAUGCCUAUGCAAUGGCAUACCACGCUAAAUGCAAUGCAUUGGUAGUACCAUUGAUAAUGCUGUCUUCAAUGACCGCUUCGAAAUAAUAAAGAAGAAAAUGAACUCUAAUAAACGAAAAAAUUGGGAAAAAUAAUUGCUCAAUGUCUCAAAAGAUAAGAAAUGUCUGAUCGUCAUCGCAGACAUCUUUAUGAAGACACUGUUUAAUCAAGGAUUCACUUUUACAUUAAUCCCACUGUCGCCACCUGUUUCAAUCUUUGGAGAUAAAGUACGAAAAACAAGUUAAUACCGGUUUCGUACUCUCUGCUUGUCUACAAUUGUUAGCACUGGAUUUAUUCUGUCACUGUCUUGACAAAGCUUUUCAGAAAAAAUGUCAAAUAAAUCAAAAGCAUGAGAUUCGAUGUGCGUCACAGUGCAUACAAAGGAUAUGUACCAGGAUUUAGACGAGUCUGAUAAAUCAGAAAAGAUCAAUGAAAAACAGCUGGUCCUGAGAGUGUGUAAAUCAUAAUGACAAUGGUUAACCUUAAAGAGACACUAUGGUGUACUGUACCGUCUUCUUGACGCCAUUCCUCCCUAACCUCCCUUAUCACUCCGACACUAACACGGCAAUGACAUUAAUACGAUAUGACGGCACGACUGACAGGAUGUGGUCAAUUCAGUUUAGCAUCGUGUGUGAGUCACAUUGUGCCCCGACGAAUUCACGAAGCUUGCACGCAUCGAAUAGGACAAUCGCCGUCAUUCUCGCGACAGAUGGCGUAACUUAAGGUCAUACUGUAUGACCUUAGCCCCUAAUUUAUCGACUUAUCCGGCGAGCUCCGUGGAUGCGCCAUGUCGUGCAAGCGGACAUUUUAUGAACUUGAUCAGUAACAGGUACCAAGUUUAAUAAUGGAGGGAAAUGUACAUUUAGUAUCUCUCACAAGAAAACGACCGGACUUCGCUGGUUCUUGUUGAGCUUUUAAUAUGUAACGGAGUACCUUAUUCCAGUCUCGGAUGACCAACGUAUACGUAACACUUCUUCAAGAGCUCCUAACGAUUGGUAUUUCCGUCAUGACUGCCAGGAUGGCUCGCUCAAAUUCUAAUUGAGGAUGUGUCUCGGUUCGCCAGAGGAAACUUCCAUGGAAGCUGCUUUGGGCCGGAUUUACUGAGUUCGCCCACACUCGAACCGGCGGUUACAGGACGUAUCGUCUAUGGUUCAUGGGAAUUAAUCUGAGGCCCUACGAGUUUUUUUCUUACUUCUCUGAUCAACGUACUUCUAUAGUUGUACGUUUGUUAUAAUUACACAAGUGGUCUCACUGAUACUUGACUAAUAUAACAAAAAUAAAAAAAUACCUGUUUACUGUCAUACAAUCUUCUCAAGUGAUUUGAGAACCGCAAUCACCUUCUUUUACAUAACAUUGAUUCACAUUUUUUCUAUUAUCUACAUAGAUUUUAUGUAUACCAUUCAGUCACUGUCUGUGCUGUAAACUGAUCCAAUGUCAGAUGUUUGUCUUAUGAAAUAAUAUAUUUAAUUCAAUCCUGCCUCAACUUUCAACAUUCUCACUAAAUCAUUUACUAGAAUAUCUAUAGAGGGAGAGAGAGUUACGUGCAGUAUAUGCAACCACCAUAGGUAGAAUAAAGCUAAAAUGAACUAUAGUAGGGUCAAUCCAAUAGGUUCUAUAGUGAGUGCAAGAGUACCAUAGUGUAUGCUAUAGGUAGAAACGUGUAUAGAGAAACAAAGAGAACCAGUAUAGUGUAUAAAAGGGAGUAAAAGGGAACGAGAAAGGAGUGGUAUAGUGUAUAGGUAAGUAAAAUAUAGAAGCACAGAAGAGUAGUGAAGCAGGAAUGAUGGUGGGAGAAUAAAGAGAGGACUAAGUGGGGCCCGAAUGACGCCUCCUCAGUCAACCUGGUGGCGUCGAAGUGAUCUAAGCGUCGUUGUUAUUCCUUGUAACAGUUGCGAGUUGGCAGUGGAGUUGAAUACGAGUCGAGUGUUAAGUGUCUCUUAUAAUAUUGGGCCUGUUUAAUUAUCCUCCUCGUUCUCUUCCUGUCGCUUCAUUCUUUUCUCUCUUACUCUCCCUUUCUCUUUCUACACUUUCUGUCUCCUCAUCGUCCACUGUUGGUCCCAACUAAAGAGUCCAUCGACAUAAGGCCCAAUCAUGACGGUUAAAGACUCGAAAUUCGUGGCCGCGGAGUCCAUGAAUCCUUACGAGAAACCGCCCAGCAUGUCAGUGAUGCAAUCCAUCAGGACGUUCAUCUAUAAUCGUCAAACUGGCGCAUUCAUGGGCAGGACAGCUAGCAGUUGGGGAAAGAUUGGACUGUUCUACUUAAUAUUCUAUGGAGUCCUUGCUGCUUUGGUGGCCAUUUGUUUUUGGGGCUUCUUCCAAACUUUGGACCCAAGGAAGCCAACAUGGCAGCUGGAGAGAUCCAUCAUUGGCACAAAUCCUGGUCUUGGUUUCAGGCCUAUGCCACCAUCUGCAAAUGUUGAGAGUACGUUAAUAUGGUACAAGGGUAGCCAACGAGAGAACUUUAAACACUGGGUAGAAUCUCUUGAAAAAUUCCUUGAAGUAUACAUAAAACCUGGUCUGACUCCUGGUAGAGGUGCCAAUAUUCAUAAUUGUGAUUACAACCAGUUACCAGCUAGUGGUCAGGUCUGUGACAUUGACGUAAAAAACUGGGAUCCUUGUAUUGUUGAGAAUAGUUUCAAUUAUCACAAGUCAGCUCCUUGCAUCUUCCUCAAGCUUAACAAAAUAUAUGGCUGGGUACCAGAAUUUUAUAAUGACACAGAAACGCUGCCACAAAAAAUGCCACGUGAGCUCAAGGAGUAUAUACAUUCACUAAAGAUCAGUGAUCCCCGUCAACUGAACACUAUUUGGGUAUCCUGCGAAGGUGAAAAUCCUGCUGACCAAGAGAACAUCGGUCCAGUACAUAUCCUACCACGUCGAGGUUUUCCAGGUUACUUCUAUCCUUAUGAAAACUCUGAAGGUUAUUUGAGUCCUUUAGUAGCUGUACAUUUUGAGAGACCACGCAGUGGAAUCCUAAUAAACGUUGAAUGCAAAGCGUGGGCACGCAACAUCCACCACAGCCGUAACGACAAAUUGGGUGCCGUACACUUCGAACUCUUGAUAGAUUAAACGUAACACCAAACAACAAGACUCUUCAUAAUGAGUCUAAAAAAAUAUCACACUAGGGAUAAAAGGGACCUUACGUUUUCGUGAAUCGCGAAAAAUGCAAUGCUUUCCGAAAAGUCCAAACCAUAUUCUCAAGAAUGAGAUUUUAUUGUACUGAUUCGAUCAAGUACAAAAGAGCCGUCUUAUGAGAACAACGACGUGCCUCCGUGGCAAAUGGAUUGUUCGACAAUCUGGCCCGGAAGACUAGAAUAUAGAUGAUUCUACAGAAUCUCCUGGAACUUUGAUCUUGAAGUAUCUUAGAUUUAUCAUUUUACUCAUAACUUUUCUUUGUGGCGAAAACAUACGAAAAUCGGAUAUUUGAAAGGUUUUUUCCUCGAUGCGAUUUUCGCGUUUAAUGUUUUUAAUUAUAUUUUGUAUUACAUAAUUUAUUCCUGAUGAUAUACGCAUUACAUAUCAUCAAUUGGAGAAAAACAAAAUCAUUCCUAUUAAACGUGCGAACCAAGAGAGAUCUGUUUGCCAAUACAUUGAACGUGUCUUACUUCUUCACAUUUAUUUGGCACGUGUAACGAAUCUUUUUUUUUUCUUGAUUAAGUUCAAUGACCCCUUAGUGUCAUUCACGUACCAUAUGUAAGGACCAAUGGAAUAUUAGUACACAGCAGGCUGUUGCGUGCUUGCACUUUUUAUUACCUUCUAAUACGAUUCUCUCUCAUUUAAUAUACACAUACAACAAAGUGUAUACAAUUUUUAUAUAAAAAUUACUUUAAUACAAAAAUAUCGCCGAUUGCCUUGUAAAGAAAAGGCUGAUGUCUACUGCGUUACCUUCUACAUCAGUUGCAAGUAAAAAUGCAACGGAGCCAUUCUUAUAAUCGCUUAGAAAUACAUUAAAUAGGUUAAACGAUAAUGCGUGAUCAUCUUUGCGCAAUGGACGGACGUGAUUAUUCCAUCAAUGAUUUCUGUACUUUUGAAUCGAUGAAUUAACAUACGUACAGUUCUUAUUCAAAAUGGCUAUGGUGUAAUAUAUAUUUAUAUAUGACGUGUUCUAUUGUAUCCUAUCGUGCGAAGCCUUAAUAUUCUCAUUGAAAAAGAAAAACAAAAAAUAAUUCGAGUCAGCAGAUCCAAGCUGCAUUUAGAUAUUUAAAAUGUAGCUUUAUAAACCAUAGAUGAUAGAAGCUUUUGAAUCAAGAUAUAAAUACGAAUCAAUUCUGUAGACAAUCUCUACCGGAAUAUUGUUUGAAUGUGAUGAGCUUUGAGUCGCGUGACUUCUGGUUCAAUAAUCUAUGAAGUGAAUGAGACUAAGGAUAAUAGAAAUGAAAACAAAUUUAAUCAUUUUUAUCCUGUCUGUAUUGUCCUACGACACCUCAUCACGAGUAUCGUGACUGCACUCUCGACGCGAUACUAGUAUUACAUUUUAGUAUUCACUGUAUACUGGGGGUAUAUGUUUUUCCUCUAGCUAGACUGUAAACGAAUCUCUGUUCAGCUUCAAAUGCGUAAACUUGUAUUUUGACGAAGUAUAAGUUGAAUAAAAUAAUCUUUGUGUAAAA